AUGAAUUCGACAUAGGAAUGGCAUUUUCAUACAAGUGAUAAUUAAAUUGUGAAAUUUAAGAGUGAAUUAUCACUAUUAUGUGAUUUAUUAUAAGAUAAAGAAAUUGAUGAGCCAUUACCAGUUGCAAUAGAUGUAAAAAAUUGACUUUAAACCAUAGUUAGGAGUCUUGAAUAUAAUUAAGAGAUUUUGUGAAGUUCAUAAUUAUGAGAGAGAAGCAAUAAAAAUAAAAAAACCAAUAAUCAAUAAUAAGAUUAAUGAUAAUUUGGAUUUAUAAUCAAUUCAAGUUUUAUAAUUAUCGGAUGAACUUUUUGAUAAAGUUUUGGCAGCAUCUUAUUAUUUAAGUUUUGAUCUUUUAAGAUAGGCAUGUUUGUGUAUUUUAGCUUGUUAAAUAUAUAUUGAUGAUAAAGAAGAUGAUAUUGAAAGGUAUAAAUAAAUUAGAUUAUAAAAUAAUAGAGCCAAGAAAUAGUAUGGUUUAAAUGAUAUAACACCAGAAUAAGAAAAUGAGGCAAUAACAAAGAAUAAACCUAUUUUUGACUAAUUAUAGAGAGAAUUUUUGGAGAUGCUUUAAUAGUUCGAAGAUGAGCAUGAUGAAAAGGUAAGAUUAUAAGAAUAAUAAUAAUAAUAAAUAUUGUGAAUGAC